GCAGAAAGAAGCCACAGCCCUCCUUUCUACCACUGCUUCAGCUGAUCGACGCGCAAUAAUCUUUCAGCAAGCUGAUCCGACGCGCGCACGCACGACGGAGGGAAGCGCGCCCAUGGCGGAGGCGAGGCGGUGGGAGCUGGCGGGUCACCGGAGGCUGGGGAAGGGGAAGGGGAAGGUGGUGGGCGUGGUGGUGCUGGACGGCUGGGGCGAGGCGGCGCCGGACCCCUUCAACUGCAUCCACGUCGCCGACACCCCCGCCCUCGACGCCCUCAAGAAGGGUGCUCCGGAGAGGUGGAGGCUGAUCAAAGCUCACGGGACGGCGGUGGGGCUGCCUACGGACGACGACAUGGGCAACAGCGAGGUCGGCCACAACGCGCUUGGCGCCGGACAGAUAUAUGCUCAGGGUGCAAAACUGGUGGAUAUGGCGCUCGCCUCUGGGAAGAUAUACGAGGGGGAAGGUUUUAAGUACAUCCAACAGUGUUUCGAUAAAGGCACUCUGCAUCUCAUUGGCUUGCUCAGUGACGGAGGAGUACAUUCAAGGAUUGAUCAGCUGCAGCUGCUGCUGAAAGGGGCCAGCGAUCAUGGAGCAAAGAGGAUACGGGUUCAUAUCCUUACGGAUGGCCGUGACGUGUUGGAUGGUAGCAGUGUCAGAUUUGUGGAGAUGCUUGAGAAUGACCUUGCUAAAUUACGAGACAAGGGUGUUGAUGCAAGAUUUGCAUCUGGUGGAGGCAGGAUGUAUGUUACAAUGGACCGUUACGAGAAUGACUGGCAAGUUGUGAAGCGUGGUUGGGAUGCACAGGUUCUCGGUGAAGCGCCACAUAAGUUUCAAAACGCCCUUGAAGCCGUGAAGAAGCUCAGGGAGGAUCCAAAGGCCAAUGACCAGUAUUUACCGCCUUUUGUUAUAGUUGACGAAAGAGGAAGUCCGAUUGGCCCUAUAGUUGAUGGGGAUGCUGUUGUGACAUUUAAUUUCAGAGCAGACCGGAUGGUCAUGCUUGCAAAGGCACUAGAAUACGAGAAUUUUGACAAGUUUGAUCGUGUCAGGUUCCCCAAGAUUCGAUAUGCCGGUAUGCUUCAGUAUGACGGUGAGCUAAAACUUCCAAGACAUUUUCUUGUUGCUCCCCCAGAGAUAGAGAGAACGUCUGGUGAAUACUUAGCGCGCAAUGGCAUACGGACCUAUGCUUGCAGUGAGACAGUCAAGUUUGGCCAUGUCACCUUUUUCUGGAAUGGGAAUCGGUCUGGAUACUUCAACCCAAACCUUGAAAAAUAUGAAGAAAUUCCAAGUGACAUCGGUAUCCCAUUCAAUGAACAGCCAAAAAUGAAGGCCGUGGAAAUUGCAGAGAAAGCAAGGGAUGCCAUCCUGAGUCGCAAAUACGAUCAGGUAAGGGUAAACAUAGCAAAUGGAGAUAUGGUUGGUCACACUGGUGACAUUGAAGCUACUAUCAUUGGGUGCAAGGCAGCUGAUGAUGCUGUUAAGAUUAUUCUUGAUGCAAUUGAACAAGUAGGUGGCAUUUUCGUGGUCACUGCAGACCAUGGCAACGCCGAGGACAUGGUGAAGAGAGACAAAUCCGGUAAACCGCUUCGCGAUGAGGACGGAAAUGUUCAGCCCCUCACCUCACACACUUUGAAUCCAGUUCCCAUCGCAAUUGGAGGCCCUGGGCUUCAACCAGGGGUAAGGUUCCGGUCAGAGCUCCCCAGUGCCGGCCUUGCUAACGUUGCAGCAACCGUCAUGAAUCUUCAUGGUUUCGAGGCCCCUGAUCACUAUGAGCCUACGCUGAUCGAAGUUGUCGACAAGUGAUGCCUAUAAUUUGACUGGUGAUACCUAAGAGAAAUGAUUUGCCUAUAAUUAGACUUUUGGAGAAGUAUGUACAGCCACUCCGUUUCUGUAAGUGCUGCAGACAAUCCAAUGAAUUCGCUUUCCAGUUUUCCUGGUGGUUGCGUAGCAGGUUCAGAUGUCAUCAGAACCGAUUUCCUGGUAGUAAAUAAAUGCUAUGCGUGUGGUAAAUAAAUGUUGCCCUGCUGUAUUUUUGACAAUCUGUUCGACCUGAGGGCGUGCUUGCACUUUAUUCUGGAUAGGCACGUCUUUGUUGAUGGUCUAUAUUUAACGGGAGGUUCUAAGGAACACUGCAAAA